ACACAUAAAUUAUUAUAUACAAAAUUAAUAUAUAAUAAUAUAAUUAGUUUAUAAAAGUGUAAAAAAGAUAAAAGUUAAAUUUCUGGUCCCCAUUCUAAAUAAUUAAAUUAUAAAACAAUUAACUUACACAUUUUGUAAAGAAUAAUAAAAUUAAAUGUAAAAAUGGUAAAUACGGUCGAGUUUGAGGAAUUUGUCGCGAGAGCACUGGGCUUCACUAAGACCUCGGCGUUUAACCUUUCUUCAUACGUUGGAGGACUUGGAUUCGGCACCGGGCUCUCCCUUGUCUUCACUAAAGCUCUCAGAACUUUCUUCGUACUCGCUUCCGGAACACUUCUCAUCGUUCUCGUAUUGAAUAGGCAUGGAUAUGUGAAUGUGGAUUUUAAUAAGUUGGUGGGAUAUAUAACAAUUCGUAUGUCGAGGUUAAUGGAGUUGAUAUUGAGUAAGAUGAACUUGGAGACUGGAGAUAACUUUGAAUUUCUUAAAACGUUACAUCAGUCAAUGACAGACUCACAACUGUCAUCAGCAACAUUCGGUCUUCUCACAGGGUUCACCUUAGGUCUUGUACUUUUAUAAUCUCAUCACAAUACUUA